AUGCCCGUCUCCGUCCCCAAGACCGAUCGUCUCGUUGACCUCUUUAGCCUCAAGGGCAAGGUUGUCGUCGUGACGGGCGCCUCGGGCCCUCGCGGCAUGGGCAUUGAAGCGGCUCGCGGGUGUGCCGAAAUGGGCGCCGACGUUGCCAUCACCUACUCGUCACGAAAGGAGGGCGCCGAGAAGAACGUCGAGGCGCUGACCAAGGAGUACGGGGUCAAGGUCAAGGCUUACAAGCUCAACGUCAGCAACUACGACGACGUGGAGCGGUGCAUCAACGGCAUCAUUGGUGACUUUGGCAAGAUUGACGGCUUCAUUGCCAAUGCCGGUGCCACGGCCGAUGCCGGUGUCAUUGAGGGAACUGCGGCUGCCUGGGACAAGGUCAUCCAGAUCGACCUGAACGGCACCGCGUACUGCGCCAAGGCCGUGGGAGCUCACUUCAAGAAGCAGGGCCACGGCUCCUUUGUCAUCACGGCGUCCAUGUCUGGGCACAUUGCCAACUUCCCCCAGGAGCAGACGUCGUACAAUGUCGCCAAGGCCGGCUGCAUUCACAUGGCUCGCUCGCUGGCAAACGAGUGGCGCGACUUUGCUCGAGUCAACUCGAUUUCCCCGGGCUACAUCGACACUGGCCUCUCCGACUUUAUCGACCCCAAGACGCAGGAGCUCUGGCGUUCCAUGAUCCCCCUCGGCCGCAACGGACUCGCCAAGGAGCUCAAGGGCGCCUAUGUCUACCUGAUUUCCGACGCCAGCACCUACACAACCGGAGCUGACCUCGUCAUCGACGGUGGAUACACCUGCCGAUAA